GACGAGUCACAGUGGGGUAGCUGCAACCAUGGCAAAGAUAAGACUGAAAUACUGGAUUCUUCAUGGUCACAAACUUGCCAAGACAGUUAAGUAUAGAUGUACCAGGUGCAGAGUGUUUCAGCACAAGACAGAGACCCAACAGAUGUCAGACCUACCAAAAGAGAGAUUGGCCCCAGGUACACCGCCAUUCCACUUUACUUCAUGUGACUAUUUCGGACCGCUGACGGUGAAAGUGGGACGUAACAAGACAUCAAAAUAUUACGGCGUAAUAUUCACCUGCUUGAACACUCGUGCUGUUCAUCUUGAACUGGCAGUGGAUUGUAGUACGAUGGAAUUCAUACAGGUGCUAAGACGUUUCUUCUCUAUCAGAGGACAACCGACGAUGAUCAUGAGCGACAAUGGUACUCAGUUCAUAGGUGCAGAACGAGAACUAAGGAAGAUGACGGAAGGACUUUCUGACAACGAGCUGAAGGACUUUUGUGCAGAAAGAGGCACUACAUGGAAGUUUGUAACUCCAGGGGCACCACAUCAAAACGGGUGCGCCGAAUCUUUGGUCAAGAGCUGCAAGCAUGCAUUGAAAAGGGCGAUAGGUGAUCAAGUGUUGUCGCCUUUUGAACUGUAUACAUGCUUAGUGGAGGUAUCGAACCUUGUCAACCAAAGACCCAUCGGCCGACUUCCAACUGAUCCCGAUGAUGGCAGCUAUAUCUCACCGAACGACAUGCUUCUAGGACGAGCUUCGGGAAGCGUAGCGCAAGGCCCAUUCUUGAAGACGCGAAAUCCAAGGCACAGAGUGGAACUGGUUCAGCGCAUUGUAGAUUCUUUCUGGCAACGGUGGACAAGGGAUGUUUUGCCACUGUUAGCUCCCAGAAGGAAGUGGAAUGUUCAUCGACGCAAUGUCUGCGUUGGGGAUGUAGUAAUGCUCGCCGACAUGAACUCUGUACGCAGCAAGUGGACAAUCGCUCGCGUGAUUGAAGUUUACCCAGGUGACGACGGUAAAGUGCGGAAUGUGAAAGUAAAGACUAUGAACUCUGAAUAUCGUCGUCCAGUAACCAAGUUAGCGGUAAUCUACCCUGUUGAGGGAUACGAAGAUUAGUACAUUAAGACUGUAAGUUUCGAGAAAAUUUAUGUGUAGCGCGAAUUUGACUGUUUUUUUGUUUCAAUUUGUAAUGAGGACAAUCCCCUCAUUGGGCGGGGAGGAUGUUUUGGUAAGAACCCGAAUAUAUGAGAAAAUUUAAUUCUUCAGAAACACUAAAUUGGAGAGAUUAAACUUUGGAAAAAAUGGAUUUGUUUUGGAUUAAACGACAUAUUUGUUAUAACGUUUGUUUUAAUUAUCUAUCUCAAAGAUACCAUAGUAAAAUUGUCAACACGUCAAUUUACAGCAGUGCGCUAUCUUCAGCGUCAGAUUUUUCACGUUCAUGAGUUAACGGAGGUGUUGCAGUUCGUCACCUUUAUGUCAAAAAUUCAGCAAUGUUCAUUUGUGUCCCGUCAUAGAAAUUGAAUAAAAUCUACAAAUCUACUGUAGAAAUAUCUCAAUUCCAUGGUUCACAUCUCGGCUUGUUCUGUGCUAUC